AUGGAUUACUCCCACCGAGACCCCAAAUCGUUCAUCGGGCAACCUGCCUCCGAACUCCCCACUCCAGCUUUGGUCCUGAGCAAGCCGGUGCUGGAAAAGAACGUCCAACAGCUCCAUCAAGAUGUUAAACUACUGGGGAUUGACUUUCGACCCCAUGUGAAGACUUUGAAGUCUCUUGAAGUAACUCGAAUGAUGCUGAAUGGAGGAAAACACCGCAAGAUCAUUGCCUCGACCCUGGCAGAGAUUGAGGGCGCUCUUCCAUUAGUCCAGGAGGGAAUUCUUGAAGAAUGCUUGUAUGGCCUCCCCAUUCGUCCUGGGGCACUUCCCCAGCUCGCCGCUCUGUCCAAGUCAAUCGAUAUCAUUUUGAUGGUCGACAACGAUCAGCAGAUCGACGCCGUGGAAGACUUUGUACAGAAGAACCGCUUGUCACCGAGGCAGUGGAAAGUGUUCAUCAAGAUCGAUGUCGGGACCCAUCGCGCCGGCCUGGUCAACUCGUCACCCUCACUGCCCGCUUUGAUCGAGAAAGUUCAGGCCUCUCCCACUGUCUCGCUGUACGGCUUCUACUGCCAUGCUGGCCAUUCGUACAGCUGCCGCACGGCCGACUCCGCCGCCUCCGUGCUCGAGCUCGAGGUGAAGGGCGUCGUGGCUGCUGCGUCGCGCAUCCCAAGAGAUCACACGGUGGUAGUGUCGGUGGGAUCCACGCCUACGGCACAUGUCGUGCAGUCUCUGAAGGCUGUUUUGCCUGAUAAUAUGAAGUUAGAAUUACACGCGGGUAAGUCCACUGACCCCCACACGUAUCUAUAUCUAUAUCUAUAUAUAUACAGAUGUGGUAUUCUGAUCAUAUUAGGAAACUUCCCAUCAAAUGAUCUGCAGCAAGUGACAACCACGCUCGUCACCGUCGAUCAGCAGGCCCUCCGUGUCCUCGCAGAAGUGUGCAGCGUGUAUCCCGAACGCAACGAGGCGCUCAUCAACGCAGGCACAAUCGCCCUGUCCAAGGAGACGAGCGAUUCCCCUGGCUACGGACGGGUCACAGACCGGCCGAAGUGGAGUGUGAUGCGGAUGUCUCAGGAGCAUGGCAUUCUAUGCUUGACGGGAGAAGGAGAUUCUUCUAAGGAGAAGGAAUUAGUGAUGGAUCACUUCAAAAUUGGGCAGAAAGUGUUUCUACAUUGCCAGCAUGCAUGCAUCACAGCGGCGGCCCACUUCGUCUACUAUGUUGUUGACAAGGAGGAUAUCGUGAGAGAGACGUGGAUUCCAUGGAAGGGGUGGUAG